AUGUCUCAUAUUCGUGAUGCUGCCAAUGUUUCCAUCGGCCCAAAACCUAAAGCUCGCUUGAAACAUCACAGCAGUGAUGACACUCUCAAAGAGCUUGUUGAAAAGCGUCACGAUCUCCGACAGCUACUUAACAAUAAUCAAUCUCUUGAUCGAACUACAUUGAGGUCAUCCAUCAACCACCUCACUAAUAGUAUCCAGAAAAGAUUAGUUGAAGUGAGGUCUGCUCAAGCUGAUCAGACCUAUAGUGAUAUUACUAACACAAACGAUUCAAGGAAAAUGUUUGAAGCAGUAAGACAUCUUCAGAAAAGUAAACCACCUAAUAACUCGAUUGGUGUUCAUGAUGAAAAUGGCUGUUUGAUUGCAUCUGACGACAUGAAAGCUUCUGUUGUUAGAGACUAUCUCGAAAAACAGCUGACUCGCAAUGAGCAACCUCUCGAGCCUUUUGAGGGUCUACCACGUGCUCUCAAUGUCCCUUUUACUGGAGUUGAAUUACAUGCAGCCACCUCUAGCUUGAAAAAUGGGAGGGCAAAUGGUCCCGAUGGAAUACCCAACGAGCUUAUUAAGUACUCUAAUAGUACAGUCCAUGAACAUUAUGCUGGAAUCAUAAACAGUUGUUUCGAGACACAUACUUUCCCCAUUUCCAUUGGAGAGGCUACUAUAACACCCUUACAGAAGCCUAAAAAACCUAUUGGUCCCCUGAAGAAUUUACGUCCACUCACCUUGUCCAAUGCAGCCAGAAAAAUUCUGUCUAUGGCUACUCUUAAAAGGAUAGAAGAAAAAGUGAACGCCUUCACUGGUCCAUGGCAGUGUGCAUAUAAACGCGCUCGUUCUUGUGCUGAUAUUGUUUGGUGUCAGCGAGUUCUACUGUCAGUUGUCCAAAGGAAGAAAUGGGAGUAUCAUCGCAUGGACAUUGAUAUGUCUAGUGCGUUUGACACGAUCAAACGCACUACGAUUCUUGAACUCCUGAAACUGUGUGGCUGUACUUAG